AUUACUUAUAUUACGCAAUUUUGUCUAAGCCAAAUAGUCAGAAUAAAUACUAUAAAAAGACACAUAAUUUAUAUCUCUGUUCUAUACUUCAACAUCUAUGUAUGUACGUUUAGAAUUUAGAAUUACGAAUAUAGUCACAUGAACAUGGCGCUGUGUUAUAUGAGAUUGCUUUGCCGGCGAAGCAUCAAUUCUUGUACUUUCCGGAAUGUAUAUACCUCCAGCUCACGAAAUGUUGCCAUAUCUAAACCACUGUUCACGGGAAGUACAAUUUGCGAAACUCAUGAUGAGAAAAACAUGCGCCUUAAGAGACCCAUGUCACCACAUUUGUCCAUUUACCAAAUUCAAUUAACAGCUUUUCUUUCAAUUACACAUCGUACAACAGGCAUGAUAUUAUCAAGUUAUGCCAUGCUGCUUGGUAUAGGAACAUUACUUAUCCCAGGUGGUAUUCCUUGCCUCAUAGAAAUCAUUACAAAUUUAGGUUUGUCUGCACCUGUUCUUUUCACGGGAAAAACUUUGCUUGCUUUACCUGCUACGUAUCAUGUAUUUAAUGGAUUUCGUCAUUUGGCUUGGGAUUUAGGAAUGUUUCUUUCAAUUAAGGAAGUGUAUUGUACUGGUUAUGCGGUAAUUGCACUAUCAACAAUUUCUGCUAUUGCCCUUGCUGCAAUGUAAAUUUAAAUAAUUAUAUUGUCACAUUGUGAUGUAAUUUCUAUCGAAAAUUAAUUGUACUGUUAGAUUAAUGUGUUCCAUCUUGUACUUUCGAAAUUAUAUCUAAUUUAUGACAAAAACCAAAAGUAGACAUUAUUAGUAAUUAAUUUAUAAUAGUAAAUACAAAAUAAUUUACGAAUGUAUGAACUGAUUUAAAAAUUAUAUUUUAAUAUAUGCAAAUAUGUGAAUAAAUAUAUCACACAAAACCUUCAA